AAGGACUACUCACGAGACUCAAAGCACUGAUCAAAUUGUCCAAAAAAAACAAAAAAAAUAUUUCAGCAUAUUUAAAUAAAUAUGAAGGUGCAACAGAGUCUAUUUUCAGUUUCUGAAUCAGCAAAGAAAAAUGGAUGAGAAAAUGGUGGAGGAGGAUUCCGAAGCCGUGGUUGAUGACGUAGCACAGUUCCACAAAUCUCUCAAAGAGCUAAGGAACUUCAGCUCUCAGCUCUACCAGGCUGCUGAUUACUGCAAAACAGCUUUCUUGAGCUCCCAAGACAAGACUCAAAUUCUUGAGACGACGAAAGAGUACGUGUCCCGGGCCGUAGUGGUAGUGGUGGAUCAUCUAGGAACCAUUUCAGCAAAUCUUGAAUGCUGCAUUUCUAAGACCGAUUCACUUUCUCAAACUGAAGGUAAAAUCGAGAGCCUCAAACAGAGAAUUGGGACGUGCCAGAUUUACUCCUACAGAAUUUCUGUGCCAAGAUUUCAGUGGGGUGCUGAUUUUCCAAGAUAUCACCGUCGAUACGUUUCGCCACCAGCUUCGAAAGAUUCGACAGUUUGGAGUGAUGUAUCACGCUAUUCAAAAAGGUGCAUUGAUGCAAAGAAUGAAGAAGCAAUGGAGUUGUUGUUUAAUUGCAACUCAUCUUCUGUGGUUGAGAGUUCAAGCAGUACUGAGAUGAAGAAAAAGAAUGUGGUUCCUGUACCACUCAACUCAUUCACAAACUACAAAAUUCUGGAUGAUGAUGAUGGCCUAUCAGUGUUGCCAAAAACCAACAACUUAGUUUUCCAGUUUCAGGAGGUUGGGAAGCUUAAACGUGGCGCGAUAAAUUGGAAAGCCAUGAUGCAGAGCAAGGACAUUGCAGCGCUUAUUAGGCGUGGAAAACGGCUUCUUGCAUAAGUAUUUGGAGAAUUAAUGAGGUUUUUAAGCCUGCAACUGUGGAGAUAUGGAUUGGCUUCUUAUGUAAUUUAUGAUGUAGGAGUAUAAGAGAUAGAUAAGACACUGUUUUCACUUGCAUCUAAGGUAGAAACUAUAUGCAAUGAAUAUCAUGAUUUUAUUAGAUCAAAAAAGCAUUACAUAUAGAUAUAUUAGAAGCCAACAAUCAAUGAAUACUAUUGCAAUGAACAAAUUGUGCUCCAGUUUAA